AUGGCCAGUUCGUCCUCUUCGUCCAGCUCGUCGGUCGAGGCGCCGUCGUCCUCGAGUUCGCCUCAACCUGCCCACCCCCCGCAAAGCGCCUUUGAACGAUGGAGGAGAAAAGCUAUGCUCGUCACCGGUCUUGGUGUGACUGAAGAAGAGCGCCUGAGGGAUUUGCAGGAAACGCAUAUUGGGUGGUGCGAGAAAGAUAAGGAGUUCAUGUUGAAUUAUAGUCCACCGGUAGUCUUCAUGAUGAAGCAACUUAAACUCGCUGGUUGCGAUGUACCACGACAGAAUAUUCUCUGUGCACCCUGCGACCGGACGCGCUCUGGUGGCUUUGAAAAUAAGCGUGGAGUUGUUGUUCUCUGUGCUGGAAACUUUUUCAGUCAGAAGCAUAUGGAAAACACGCUCGUACACGAGAUGAUGCACAUGUUCGAUCAGUGCAGGUUCAAAGUCGACUGGAGUAACCUCCGGCAUCAUGCCUGCAGUGAGAUUCGAGCGAACAAUCUAAGUGGUGAUUGCAGAUACACACGGGAGUUACGACGAGGAUUCUUCGCAUUUUCGAAGCAGCACCAGGCGUGUGUUCGCCGUCGAGCUAUCGAGUCAGUCAAGGCGAAUCCAGCGUGCCCCAACGAGGCGGCGGCCGAGAAAGCGGUGAAUGAGGUUUGGGAUAGCUGCUUCAAUGAUACAAGACCCUUUGACGAGAUCUAUUAACCGGGUCUCACGGAGAAGAAUGGAAGGUACACUUGAUACAGUUUCGCGGAGGCUGGCUCUCUAGAAAGCACCUAGGACGUAGGGACUGUACUGGGCUUAUUUAGAUUCCAAAAACUAUGGUUAGA